AUGUACACUUUCGGACAACCAUACCGUCCAUACUCCACCCACCCUCCCCGACAAUCGUACCAAAACAUGGGCAUUGCCCUUGACUACGGAAGUGCAUGUGACAUGGGACCUCCCGGCUAUUGGGGUCAAAUGAUGCAAGAUCUAGCUGAUACGCCGGGGCCGUCCCAACAGAACCCUCCACCACAACUCAACACACAACAUCCUGACACACCACAACAACAUCGUCGAAGACCUCGUCGCAACACGCGUCCCCCCCAACGUGGCACCGGUGGUCACUUGGAUAGAGCCGAUCAUUAA